UUAACUGACACUGACGGCUUGGGAAAACACACGCGGACACACAAGCACAUACGCGCGCGCACACACACGCACAUACGCACACACACGCACAUACGCACACACACACACACAGACACACACACCUUCGCGGAACGGCUAAUCAGGCAAAAAGCAAAGUGAAUUUAAGCAAGCACAUUGCUUCCGACUUUCGGACAAAGCAUAUCACCCAAGAGUCUAUGGACAGCUCCGAUGAUGAGUUUUAUGAUGCCCGAGAGAGUCUGUGCCAUAAUGGUAAGCACAGGUGUAUCCCUCAGAGUGGCAUUGAAGGCCUAGAAGGCAGUAGGACAAACUGUAAGACUCAGGUGCUAAUAUUGGUGGUGCACGGGGGGAACAUUCUGGACCCAGCCAGUGGUGACCUCGGGGCAAAGGCUGCAGAUGUGGCCACUCUGUCCUCAGUGCUGGGGAAAGUGGCACAGGCACACAUUGAGGCAGCUACACAGAAAAUACUAAUCAAACUGGUGCCGUGUCCUGCUGUAUGUGCAGAGGCCUUUUCCCUGGUUUCCAAUCUGAACCCCUAUAGCCAUGAUCAGAGCUGUGUUUCGAGCAGUGUAGACCACCUACCACUAGCAGCACUCCCACUUCUUGCUGUUGCAUCACCGCACUAUCAGGACUCUGUGGCAAGCAUCAUCUCCCGAGCCAAUGAGGUCUACCGCAGCUUCUUACAAUCUCCAGAUGGACAAGGCUUCACUGGUCAGGUGUGUCUGUUGGGUGACUGUGUGGGUGGCGUGCUGUGUUUUGAUGCCCUCUGUUUCAGCAACAGCCCACAAAAUGACAGUCCUAGUCACAGAGGGAGACACAACAGUAUGGAGAGCCUAAGGGAUAACCCUGGACUUCUGGGAGAGGAUGACUGUGGCCUGAGCUCUAGCAAGCGCCUAAGCAAGAGCAACAUUGAAAUUUCUUGUGCCACUGACCCCACCAACAGCCAGCAUCCAUUUCACAGCAGUCAGGUCCAGGAUGGAAUAGACCCAAGAUUGGGAGGGAGCAGUCCAGGAUGGAAUCCAGGCCAUUUUGACUUCGAGGUGUCAGAAUGUUUCCUGCUAGGCUGUCCACUUGGACUAGUGUUAGCCAUGAGACGCACUGUUCUUCCUUCAGUCAAAGUGACUCAGAUGCAGCCUGCCUGCUCUCAGAUCUACAACCUGUUUUACCUCUCCGACCCGUCAGCCUCCAGACUGGAGCCUCUUCUGCAUUCUUCUUUUCACCAGCUGCCUCCAGUCCCUGUUCUACGAUACCACCUCUACCCACUAGGAGAUUGCAGCUCUACCCUCAUUGUUGAUGAGAUUCAUAGCCACCCUGAUGUGUUCCUGGAUGGAGGCCCUGCUCCCGGUGGUGCUGCAUUCUCCUCCUGUGUAGAUGAAGCAGAGAUGGCAAUGAAGCAGGAGGUUGAUGAUGACAGCGAGCCCUCCGGCUGUAGGGAGAACAAGCUGAGCCUCACCAUCACCAACAUCUCCAGUAGCUGGUGGGGCUCUAAACGGCUGGACUAUGCACUUUAUUGUCCGGAUAUAUUGACUGCAUUCCCCACUGUGGCUCUGCCUCAACUUUUCCAUGCCUCAUAUUGGGAAUCUACUGAUGUUGUGGCCUUUCUACUCAGAGUGGUGAUGCAGUGUGACUCUGUGAAGACUCAGGAGGCAGACAGGUUAGACCCCACUUGCUUUUCCCAUUCCAGCCUCAGAGAGAAAUGGCUACGAAGACGCACACAUGUUAUGUUAAGGAACAUUACUGCCAACCACAGAGUGAAUGAUGUCAUUGUGACUGAGGAAAGGCCGCAGACUCUGGUUGGUCGCUUCAUGUACGGCCCCCUGGACAUGGUAACUCUGACAGGAGAAAAGGUGGAUGUGUAUGUGAUGACUAAACCACACUCAGGAUGUUGGGUGUACUUUGACACCAAAAUCACCAAUAGUAGCGGCAAAGUGUCCUACACUAUACCUGACAGCAAAAAAUUCCCUGUGGGAGUUUACCCUAUUAAAAUGGUUGUUAGGGGAGACCAGACAAGUGCAGAAGCUUUCCUGACUGUGCUGCCACAGGGAAUGGAGUGUGUAGUAUUUAGCAUUGAUGGGUCUUUUGCUGCUAGCGUCUCCAUCAUGGGCAGUGACCCUAAAAUGCGGGCAGGUGCUGUGGAUGUGGUCAGACACUGGCAGGACCAGGGAUAUCUGAUCAUCUACAUCACUGGGCGUCCAGACAUGCAGAAACAGAGGGUUGUAUCAUGGCUUUCCCAGCACAACUUCCCACAGGGCAUGAUCUUUUUCUCCGAGGGGUUGGUGCAUGACCCACUGCGCCAGAAAAGCAUCUUUCUUAGGAAUCUCAUUCAGGAGUGUCAUGUUAAUAUCAGUUUGGCCUAUGGCUCCAUGAAGGACAUCUCCGUCUACACCAUGUUGGGUCUCAGCCGUAACCAGAUAUAUAUAGUGGGCAGACCAUCCAAGAAAUACGAAAACCAAUGCCAGUUCCUCAGUGAGGGUUAUGCCAUACAUUUGUCCUCACUGCAGUUUGGCCACCAGUUCAGAUCCCAGAAGACCGCAUCAAUGCGCAUGAUGCUGCGUAAUAGCUCUUUUGGCCUUUCAACAAAGCCAGACUUUCUUCCCAAGCGCACACUCUUGCGACGUACCAUGUCUGUGCAGCCGGCUGAGCUACCCAAGACACUGAUUCCUAAACCAGAGCGCUCCCAAAGCCAGCCUGAGUAUGAUAAAGAACACAAGUUUGGAGGAGGAAUGUUUGUUCUGGGGGGCAUGCACUUUGGUAAUACCACUCCCUGACCACAGAGAGUGCGAAGGAGAGACAAGAGGAGAGAACAAUGUCCAGCAUGAUAACCAUGGAUGUGGGAUAGGCGGGGAUGCCAAAACAGCAUGCAAUCUAUAGUGGCACAGACUACAGCUAGAAUUUAGUAUUUGUUUAUUCAGAACCUGUAAUAACAGGUAGGCUAAUGUUAAUAGGUUUGUAGGUUUUAUAGGUUAUUAAUGUUAAUAGGUUUUGGUAACACUGACACUGCACAAUUAGUAUUUGAUUAGGCUAUUUGUUUCAGUCAGUGUGUGUGCUUUUGUAUUUAAUAUAAUAUGUUAUUACCGUAUAAUAUGUAUGUUAUUGCCUAUACCAUACUACAGAACUAUAUCAUUAAAAUCCAGUGAAAAGUGUUUCACUUGGCUACACUGUCAAGAGAGCCAUUUUCUAACCAGUAAUAAUUGAUCUGUUGUAUACUAUGGCUGUGUACCUUGAUGUGGAACAAUAUGUUUGAUGUUACAUGUAUACAAGCCAUAGAGUCCAAAUGCUAUGCAAUAAAACCAAUUCCGCCUUCCUGCAUGUCUGGCCAUAACGUUUGUUGUGGAUAAAAAAUGACAUGAAAUAAACAUGAGGGAGACUUAGUAUGAGUAAAAAUGUAAUUUUAUUGGCAAUUCACAGGACGGGUGGGUGCGUAGUCUGGAGGAGAGUAAGAGGGGGAAGAAAAUGGGGUGCGUCCUGGGGACAUGGGGAAAUCAGCGAGGGUGAAGUGAACGGACCACUGAGAGUCGGGCGGACUGGUAGGUGAGAAGAGGGAUGAAUGGUCAGGGCCCGGAUCAGAGAAGACAACAUCAUCCUCGGACUGGAAGCUGGAGGGGGGUUCUGGUUCUGACUGUGUAGAGGCGUCAACGCGCACGUUCGUGGGGCAGAUUCUGUACCGAAGAAGAGGGGGGAACCCCGGAUCUCUAUUCCUAGGGGGGGUGCUGCGAAGAUAGUUAAGUAGCACCAUGAUAUCAGCCGUGAGAUGCACAAGCUGGUAAUGAGUGUCCAGAUCCAGAUCCAGAUCCAGAUCCAGGUCCAGUAACGGAGAGAGAAGGUACUGACGACGGGCACCGGCACCUAGACAUACAGAAGCGGUUUUAGUCAGAGGUGGAUAAAUUGGUAAAACACUUUAAAGAUCUUUAUGGGUUGUUAGUCAAAAAGUCGAAAGAAUUGUACGAGCUGAGGAGUGCUAAAACACACACACACACACACACCCUCGUACAGUCAAGGGCGGGCAAGUAGACAUAACACACACACACACACACACCAUCUCUCUCACACAUACUAUUAUAACUUUAUAAGAAUAAUAAAAAGGAAUAUUAAGAUAUUAUAAGGGUAAUGUCUUAUAAUAAAAAGUAUAUAUAUAUAUACUUUUUAUAAAAAUGCUAUUAAGAAGUAGGAAGUACAGUAAACCGGUUUUUCAAGCAGCAUAUAUAAUAAGAGAUAUAGAGUAAAUCUGAAAAUAAAAACUAGAAAUACAGGAAAAUAUAACUUACUCAUGAUUCAAAUGGUGAGGGUUCUUGGCUCGCAAGGAAGGCCUUAAUUUUAAGAGAACCAUGAAGAGAGCCAGUUAUAAGGGUGGCUGGGUCAAACUGCCCCCCCUCGAGAUAACGAUAAGACCAAGGUCCCUCUAGGUUGUUUAGUCUUGUCCACGGUCUAUCCUCUGGGUAAUUGAAAAGUGAAGUUUCUGAUGCCCUAAGGUAACUGAAAAUUCUGGUUUCUGAUCCUCUGAGUAACCAGAAACUCUGGGUUUUUAUUUUCUGGGUUAUUAGAAAUGCCUGGGUUCUGAUUUUAUGUGUAAAUUAAAACCCCUGGUUUCAAUUCUAUGUGUAAGUGAAAUAGGCCUUUUCUGGAACAUAUGAGUAAGGUAGAUGAGCUCUUUUUUAACCCUAUUGGUAGUGAGAUCAUAGUCUUCUUGAAACAUAUGGGUUAUUUAGUGUGUAAAUACAAUAUAAAUACUGGAGCUUAAGCUCAGGGUAUUGGGAUCACCUCUGAGAAUUCUCAUCGGUGUGGAUCUCGUGUGGUGGAACGGAACAAUAAAGCUGGACCCUUGCUUCUUCUCACUCACGGCUGGUGUAUUUUUUCUAUCUCCAACUGGUCUCAGAGGUAGAUGUGAGUAUUGGCUUCUAAGUUGAAUUUUAAAUGUUUUUGGGUAAUAGGCUAAAUUUGAGCCUACACGUUCUCUUCUCCCUAAUACCCAGCACACUUCGCCUAUGCCUUAAGCUUGCUCUGUCUCCAUCUUGGUUUGACCCAUCAUAUACAGAGCUCAUAAUGCCUGAGCUCUUCUUUUUGAGUUUCGUGAAGGUGGUAGUUAUCAACCUUGACAUUUUCUAAUGUGUCAGGAUCAGGUUCCUCUUAUCAAACAGAUUUUGGUUAUGGGGAUCAUGCACAGUAUGUCUGCAGGUCUCUCAUACAUAACAUUACUUUCUAAAAACAUAGACCAACACACCACACACACACACACACACACACACACACACACACACACACACACACACACACACACACACACACACACACACACACACACACACACACACACACACAGACACACA